AUGGCUCAUGUAUGGACCGAGUCGAUGGAGAGAAAGGCCAUAUGCAUCAGAGCAUGGGGUGAGAACACGAGCAUCGACCCGAGCGACACGCCGGAGAAUAUGGGCAAGUUCCUCCAGACACUCCAGCUUGCGCUGAACGGUAUGGAAUCUGGGAAAGAUGAAGCUACGGUUACCCUCUCCCCAGGCCCUUUGAAUGACGCGGGGGAGGAUGGCUUACAGUUAGUCGCCACAUGCCCACUUCCUGGCUUUGAGCCUCUCAAAUGGCCAUUUUAUCUCAAGAAAUCCUCUUCGGUUACUCUCACAAACGACUUCGCAAUCCCUCUUGUUGAGAAUCUAUACUCCAAGAGUCGUCAGGUCGACAUGCUCAUACAGGCGUUGAAGCAUAAAGACCAUGUGAUUGCCAAGCUCUCCGACAAGCUUGAAGCUACCGGCACCGGCUUGGAGCAUGUAUUCACCGCGCUUUCAGGCCGCAAAAAGGUGACCCGAGAGGCGGCAGAUGGCAAGAUCAGAGGUCUGGCCCCGUUCAAUGAACGCAAGAUGCACGAUGAUCUUCAAAACGACGCCGAUCAACCCUGUGACGUGAUAGAUCUAGUAUCAAGAGUAUUUGGCGGCAGGGCUGCGUUAUCUGAUAUGUCGAUGAACUUUGCAUCAGGAAGCCAAGAAGGCUGGUGGCGUGGCUUCAGUAGCACAUCAAGUCUACCGCAUCGCGCUGCUCCCGCAACCGAGGCCCAGGCUGUAGCGCCAGCUGACACUGCGGUGCCAUCCUCACCCCCAGAUGCCAACGAUAUGACGAUGAGGGAAGAGGAUGACGAUGAUGGUGACGACGAGUUCCAGGUUCAGUCAACCCCGCCACGCCUCAAGCCAAAGAAGGGCGAGGCUCGGUCGAAUGACGCUACAUUGUCAAACCAAGAGUCGCCUUCAAGAGCCGUCAAGGAGUGGCACAAGUCUUCUCAGGAGCCGAAGAGAAUCGGCCGCAUCGGCGCAUCAGGGGGCAAGAAACAGGUACCACUACCCUCGCCUCCUCCCAAGGCAGCCAGCCCUCCUCCGUCGCGCCCUGUCACCAAAGCAGCCGCGGAAGGUGGUGACGACGACGAGACCGCCUCAGAGACAGCCAGUGACGUCGACGAGACCGCGUCUCUCCCCGACGAAUCCACCGCCCCGUUUCCCCCCCCUCCAGCCAAGGCAUCGCCAGCAAAGAAGAGCGGUCUGGGCCGCAUCGGAGGCAAGGCGAAAACGUCGCUGCAUGAUAAUGCAAAGACAGCAGCGCAUGCUGACGACACACCUCCUGCAGCAGCAGCAGCAGCAGAAGGAGAAAAAGCAAAGGGGGAGGCCGGGUCUGUGGUAACAGGGCCACAGAAGAGGCUGGGUGUCAUCGGGAAGCGGAUUGGGGGCACCAAGGGCGGCGACGACGACGUGCAGCGCGGUCGUACAGCCGCUCGCGGUGCGUCGGCGGCGGAGGCUGGGACGCAGAGGAAGCAGGAGACGUCGCAGGAGCGCGCGGACAGGAAGCGGGAGGAGCUGAAGCGGGAGCUGGAGAAGAAGGCGGCGGCCGGACCGGCGAAGAAGAAGAGGAGGUUCUGA